UGGUGUGCAGAGGUAAUUGAUGUUAGGUGACUCAGCAAAUGAGCAGUGUUUUGGAACUUUUGGUGCGUGUGUGUGUGCGUGUGUGCGUGGGUGUGUGUAUGUGAGUGACUUCAGCUCCAGUCAGCUCAAUCCCUCUCAGUAUACACAAUAAUAACAUCCCAUUGGCACCGCCAAACACACUUCCCUAAAGGUACAAUUAAUAAUCAGAACAGAUCCCAGAGCAGUUCCUGCGCACAGUCACACAUCUGCAAACACACACACACACACACACACACACUUUUUUUCCACCACUCUCUCAUACACAAGCACAUGCAUGCUCACAGAUUUUCAUCAAUCUCACGACACGCCAUUAAAUAUCUCGCACCGGUAACGGUGAACUCCCACAACUCUUAUUCGGGAACAGACAUAAAUUAUCUAUUCCCCUCCAUGUUGGCUGCAACUCUCAAGUCAAGUCCUGUUGGACUUUUAGCCUUCAAUUAUUAAAGGAGUCAGAGUGGUAAACGUGUAAAAAUAACAUGGCUGGUGUUUGAUGGUUGAUAAAUGGUGUUGGUCCUGGGAGUGGCAGCAUGUUUGGUAACUUGUUUCGCUGUUGUUGUUGUUUUAUGCCUUCAAGGGAUGUUGAUAUACUGAAGUUAAUGAGAAGGGGGGAUGCGGGGGUUCGGGGGAUUGUCACUGAUGAGGUAUAGAUUUAAAGAUUUAUUCCUGACCAGAGGGGAUUGGAGGUUUUGGUUUCUGGCUUGCAUCUUUCUUUCUUUCUCCUCCUCUCAAAAAGAGUCAUGAUGGACUCUCCUUUUGCUGAGGCAAUGGGAAAUACUCCAGUGACAGCAUUGUUCAGGUUUCUCUCCUCUCCUCCAGCACUUGACUCCACUCUGAUUUGAGGAAGAGAGAGAGAGAGAGAGAGAGAGAGAGAUGAGAGAGAGAGAGAGAGAGAGAGAGAGAGAGAGAGAAGAGGGGGGUGGAGGAGUGGUGAUUGAGCGCAAAGGGGGCAGGACUUUUUCUCUCCGGGUCCUAUUAAGAGCAAACUUUGUGUUUUUGUUCUCCAAGUUCAGCUCAGUGCUCUCCAGCCUGCACACAGUUCCUUUCUGCUGCCCUUUUUCGUUCCCAUUUACAUUUUCUUUUUCUUGUUCUUCUCCUCAAUGGUUUUGUUUGCUCCCCUGUUGGCUACUACCGUGCGCCUUUUCAUGGGGGACUUGGACACCGGGAGGAUGCGCUUUUUGGAGCAACAAAUGCUCAAAGUUGUCUCUUGAGCCGGUCCCGGGUCGUUUUAGUUGGAUACAUAGAUGUUCUUCGGGCUGGAAUGAACAAUGGUGCGGAUCAUUGGUGCUCUGGCCGAGGGCAUGCUCUGCUUUCGGCUACUGUUGCUGUGCGUCGUGGAGUUGGAGCUGGGAGCCGGGCUUUCUACUUUCCAGGGUUUCUAUCUUCCACCUGCGAACGGGUCGCUUCUCACACCUGCCCGGAGGACAGACGGGGUGGUGCGGACCAUUGACCGGAUUUACCACGGAGGAGGGAAGGUGGGCUACCUGCUAUACCUGGAUGGGAGCCGGUUUCAGCUGGACAUGGAGCGGGACGACAUGGUGCUGUCGCAUCACUUCAGCCCCCAGUAUGUGCUCGCAAUGAUGGGGGACAGCCACGCGGCUUUGCAACGGGAGUGCGUGUACCGAGGGACAGUGGACUCCAACCCGGAGUCCCUGGCCGUCUUCAACCUCUGCGGCGGGGCUCUCGAGGGCUUCUUCGCCUUGGACCACGCGCGCUACACCAUCACGCCUAUCAUUAGGGCGAAGGGACACGAGCACAACGUGCGCGCCCUGCAGGACAAGGACGCGGAGAGCGCGCUCCACGUGUUCACGCGCGAACGUUUCAGCUUCGAAGCCAUGCGCGAGGGGCGCGAGAGCUGCGGCACGCGCGAUGAGCGCAGAGGACGCAGGGAUGCGGCGGGGAGGCGCCGGCACAGAGGUCGCGCGACGGGGAGACGGGACAGAGAGGCGCUCGCGGAGGAGAGCGCUGGUGGCCACGGCGCGCGCGGGCGAACACGGUGGAGCCGGCUCGCCAACGCGGCUGCGCCGGUGCAUGGCGCGCGGAGCAAGAGGUCGGUCUCUCGCGCCAGGCACGUGGAGCUGCUCCUGGUGGCCGACGACACCAUGACCAAGAAGUACGGCAAGGACUUAAACCACUACCUGCUCACACUGGCCGCCAUCGCCUCCAAGCUGUACGGCCACGCGAGCAUCGAGAACCCCAUCCGGCUGACGGUGGUGAAAGUCACCGUGGUCACCGAGAAGGAGAAGGGGCUCGACGUGUCCAAGAACGCGGCGGCGACCCUGAAGAGCUUCUGCAAGUGGCAGAACCAGCAGAACCAACUGGACGACGACCACCAGCAGCACCACGACGCCGCCAUCCUCUUCACCAGGCAGGACCUCUGUGGCCACCACUCCUGCGACACCCUCGGCAUGGCGGACGUCGGCACCAUCUGCUCCCCGGAGAGAAGCUGCGCUGUCAUCGAGGACGACGGGCUUCACGCUGCGUUUACUGUCGCGCAUGAGAUAGGUCACCUGCUGGGCCUGUCCCACGACGACUCCAAGUUCUGCGAGGAGCGCUUCGGGGUGAACAGCGACAAGCGGCUCAUGUCCUCCAUCCUCACCUCCAUCGACGCCUCCAAGCCCUGGAGCCGCUGCACCUCGGCGACCAUCACGGACUUCUUUGACGACGGCAACGCCGAGUGCCUCCUGGACUCCCCGCGCACCCCCCUGCUGGGCCCCGAGGAGCUCCCGGGGCAGAGCUACGACGCCGUCCGUCAGUGUCGCCUGGCCUUCGGCCCCGAGUACACCGUCUGCCCCGGCAUGGACGUGUGCGCCCGCCUGUGGUGCGCCGUGAUCCGCCACGGACAGAUGGUGUGUCUGACCAAGAAGCUGCCGGCCGUGGAGGGAACGCCCUGCGGGAAGGGGCGCAUCUGCCUGCACGGGAAGUGCGUGGACAAGACCCGCAAGAGGUACUACUCGGCGUCCAACCAUGGCAGCUGGAGUUCCUGGGGUCCUUGGGGUGCGUGCUCCAGAACAUGCGGAGGCGGGGUGCAGUUUGCCCAACGCCUGUGCAACAACCCGCCGCCGCGGAACAACGGGCGCUACUGCACAGGAAAGCGAGCCAUUUAUCGGUCCUGCAACGUCCCACCAUGUCCUGCAUCAAGUAAGAGUUUCCGGCAGGAGCAAUGUGAGGUGCGCAACGGUCCCCAGACGGAUCCGAAAGGGGUGAAGACCUUUGUUGAGUGGGUGCCUAAGUACGCUGGAGUCCUCCCCAAAGAUGUGUGCAAGUUGACCUGCAGAGCAAAAGGAACGGGAUACUACGUGGUGUUCGCUCAGAGGGUGGUCGAGGGGACAGAGUGUCGUCCUUACAGCAGCUCGGUGUGCGUCAAAGGGAAGUGUAUACGGACAGGCUGCGACGGCAUCAUUGGCUCCAAGCUCCAGUUCGACAAGUGUGGUAUUUGUGGAGGCGACAGCACCGGAUGUAUACGCGUUUUGGGCAACUUCACGAAGAAGAGUAAAGGCUACACUGACGUGGUGAAGAUCCCUAUCGGCUCCACCCACAUUAAGGUUCGUCAGCACAAGGCCAAGGACCAGAUCCGCUACACCGCCUACCUGGCUCUCCGACGACCCAACAAAGAGUACCUACUCAACGGCAAGUUCAUGAUCUCCACCUCUGAGACAAUCAUCCCACUCAACGGCUCUGUGCUCAACUACAGCGGCUGGAGCCAGAGGGACGAGUGGCUUCACAGCAUGGGUCCCGGGGCACUCCAAGAAUCCUUGGUGGUCCAGAUUCUAGCGACGGAUGCUAAAAAGCCCCUGGAUGUUCGUUAUAGUUUCUUUAUGCCCCGACGGACAGCCCCACAGCAGCCGUCAGCUCCGCUCAUCCCCAACCCGAAGUCCACCCCUGUUCAGAGCACUACAAGAGUCUCAAGCACGACAAGAAUCUCCACCAGUACCACCACUACAUCUUCCACCGCUCCCUCCGUCCUGGUCCCAGGGGCACCAAGCGCUCCCGGUCCCUCCACCCCAACCCCGGGGCCCCGUUGGGUAACGGGAGCAUGGAUGACAUGCUCCAGGACUUGUGACACUGGCUGGCAGAGCCGGACUGUGCAGUGCAAGGACCAGGAUGGGAAACUGUCCAAGGGCUGCACGUUAGGUGCCCGACCCUCUGCCUUCAAACACUGUCUGGUGAAGAGAUGUUGAGGCAGACAGAGAGAGAAAAUGAUACGUGGGACAAUAAACAUUUUGUAGGAAGGAGUUUAAUCUGUACAUCUGAUAAAGGUCUCAAGUGCUGGAUGUUGGACUAUGGACCAAUAACUUUUAAGAACCUUAAACAGGACUGUGAAUGUUGGCUAAAAGCGCCUGGACCAGAUACGCAAAGAGACCCAGACACAGAUUGUCUUGGAUGUACCCGACUAUAUGCCAGAUAAAUGUUCUGGAAUCAUAGUAGCGAUGCAGAGCACAAGUAAAACGGUGGACAGUGUCCGUAUCAUAGUGGCAAGUAACGCCCUGGCGUAGCUAAGGACUUAAAUUGCAUGUAAUUUCCACAUGGACAGUAACUGAUUGUCUUUACUCCAGUCUCCAAACCCCUGGAGGCUCAGUGUGUCUUGCCCUGUAAUGGCAUGCCUGUCGUGUUUUUUUUUUUGUAUUCUAUGCUAAUCACUGUUUGUGUCCGAGAGACGAGAGCCCUGGCAAUGGGAAGCACUCGUUAUACACCUCGUCGUCAUGUCUGUCCGAAUCACAGCUCAGUCCUACUGCGACAUUUCAGUCACUGAACUGCUCAAAAAAUGGGGCAGUGUUGAAAUAAUGAACUCACCGGAUUGAACAAUCUUCGUAGCAACAAAUUAUGUAAACCCAACAAUUGAUCAGGAUGUCUAUUUCAUCAACCAACUUGAGGGCAUCCUAAACUAAAAUGGUGGUCUCCUUACCUUCUGGCUGCCUACCAAUACUCUUCCCGUAAAUACUUUUAUCACCCAUUCAAAGACCAAAAUGUCCAAAUUACAGGGGAUACGCAUACGUAUGAUGAAGGUGCUGGAUCAGGGCUACAAUUAAGCCCCAACGAUAGGCGUUCUGUGUCUUUAUUUGACAGAUAUGUCCGGCUGAAAAAUGGAGAAGCAGCACAAGAAGAAGGGCAGACUUAUCAUGAACCAUUUCCCGUAGUGGUGACCAAGAAUGAAUGGGUGAACCCAGACAUUUGGUUAAUGGACGGCGCGUUGCGUCCCUUAAACUGUUUAGACACGUCUCUGCUCAAGUCCAGAAGGCACGAGUCACCUGUGCAGCGUUGAUACAGCAGCAUGGUGUGAGGGCAGCAAACGGUCCAGUAUGGAAGCAUACGGUGGCCUUCAGGGGACAAACCUUAUAACAGUUCAAUUGAAAAAGGGGCAAAGUAACCACGACACCCCUUAACAUUUACAGAGGUUAAGGAUGACUCACAGGUUUGGGGCAAUGCUUGAUUAUUUGUGUGUGUGUGUGCAUUUAUAGUAUGUGGGUGUGUGUGUGCAUCCAGGCCUGUGUUUGAAGUGCAUACAGUAUGUCCGUGAACAUGUGCGUCUUGAAGCUCCUCUCUCAUAUCCGUUUGUAUCAGUCAAUAUGCUGGUGCUGGGAGGUCUGGGACCUUCGUGUUUUGUUGUGGAGGUCAAUAUCUGUUUGUUAGUCUGUUUAUCUGUUUAUGUAUGACAAUGUGAGCCCUGGAUACUCGCAACGACAGCAAGAGGGAUACUAAUGCAGUCAUUAAUGUCCUUUUUGUAAUUCUCCUCUUUCUUUUCAUCACUCAUUCUCUAUGUUACUACUUUACAUCCUGUGUUUGCAAAUUAUUGUUUUAUCCGUUUCCAAUUCUGAUUGUGCCACAUAAUAGAUGAUUUUACGGGUCAGUUCACCCAAAAUACAAAGAAUUGGGUAAUUGAGAUAGCCUUCUGGUGCAACCAGCCCAGUCAAUGAAUGGAAUUCCCUUUGCGGUGGUCACUUCAGAAACAAUGCCUCGUUUACUUUAGACAAUCCACAGACCUCACUGUCAACAAUGUAUGUGGAACUACUUCCUGCGAAAGAAAUAGCGCCAAUACUGGACAAUGAUUGUGGAAAGUAGUAAUGCUGUUGAUUUUAAGAAAUUGUUUGUUAAGAAAUAGAUCUGAAGAAUGAUACCACUCUCAUGCCUGUCCUUUAAAUAUGAAGCCAAAGCCAGGAAGUGGUUAGCAUAGCUUAGCAUUAAGACUUGAAGCAAGGGGAGAGAGAUUGUGUCCAAAGAACAAAAAUAUGCUGAAUACAGCUUCAUAUUGUUUGCUUAAUCCGUGCAAAAAUUGCCCAUUUUCACUUUUAAUGCUAAGCUAACGCACGGCUGGCUCUAGCUUCAUAUUAAACAAACAUAUAUGAGUGUGGUAUCAAUCUUCUUGUCUCACUCUCAAGAAAGUUAAUCAGAAUGUAAAACUUACUUUUUUUUAAUCAGUAAAAUCACUAGAUACCACUAGGCAUAACUGAGGAGAUUGGCUUUUAGGGUUAUUUUGGGAAACUCAUUCCUUAAAAUCCUCCUCACAAUGUCAUGCUUUGAUUGGGUUAUGUAAUCAAGGAUACAUUAAGAGUGUAGACAAUGUACAUCACAUAUCAAGUGGACUUUUAAAAAUACCUGCCUGUAAUUGUUUGCAGCACAAAUUACAUGUUCCUGUGUGGCAAGCCUCACCCGUCUGGCACCAACCACGAGGAAGGUCUUCAGAUAGUGCAUGACCCGGGUCAACAUACCACUCACACAGUGUACUCUCUUCUUCCCUCACACAUUCAGAUUUAUUUACACAAUGUAGACAUUUUUGUACAAUGAGUAGAUCUUUCAUAUACGUGUUAGUAUUCAACCAUAUUUACACAGAACUGCCACACAUACAGAGACAUCAAAACAACCCAUCAGUUACACAGCAUUUUGAGUAUUUCAGAAACCCUCACACACACACACGCACACACACAUAUACACCUAUACACACAUACAAACACAACAAUCUACUCGACUCUUCCAGUGGGGAAACCCCUCUCGCUGAACGACAGAAACACAGCACUGAACUUGUAAUUUAUUGUUUGUACAACUGGUAUGUGUGUGAAUAAAAAAAACAAUGAGAUGA